AUGCCCAUUCCAACAGAAAUCGUCGGGUCCCUCCCGCGGCCUUCUUACCUUCAACAGGCCUUUGCCGACUUCGACGCCGGACGUGUGUCUCGUGACGAGCUCCGCGUUGCGCAGGACAGAGCCGCCAAAGACAGUAUCCAGCGACUGGAGGCGACUGGCGAGGUGCUCGUCACUGACGGCGAGCAGAGAGUCAGCAGCUUCGCCACAUAUCCGCUCAUUGAGUUGCGUUGCCCUCCCCUCUUGCAGCAGAACGGUGGGACUGACGCAUAUCCAUCCAGAACCCUGACGGGAUGCGGACUCGGGCCCAACUUUGCGGCAGACGGCCAAAUGGUUGGCGUCUUCGACGACGGGCAUUCUCGCCAACUGCCGCGUCUGAUAUCGGGGCCAUUCAAGUAUGCCACCUACGCCUUUGAGAAUUUGGAAAAGUCGGCGCCGUACGCCACGCGGGGACUGAAGCAGGCUGUCAUCUCGCCGUCCAUGCUGUACCUGCUGUAUCCGCUCGAGGGGGAAAUCGAGGGCUAUCCGAGGAGCGCGUUUGUACGGGAUCUGGUGGACGAAUGUGAAAAGGACAUUCGCGGCUGUUUUGGCGCCGGCGCCCAACGAGUGAGUAUUGACUUCACCGAGGGCAGGCUGGCGCUCAAAAACGAUGCUUCGAAUCCCUGGACCGGCGCUGCGCUGCUCGACCGGUUCGUCGACCUGAUCAACCAGGUCCUGGCGCGUUUCUCACCAGAACAGAGGAGGGAUAUCGGUCUUCACACUUGUCCCGGCGGUGAUUGCGAUAGUACUCACUCAGCCGAGGUCCCUUACCAUCAGCUUCUUGCCAGUCUUUUCAACAUCAACGCCGGUUACUUCCUCAUCCAGGUGUCGAGCGAGGGGGACAGGGAGUCGGUGUAUAGGGCAAUUGGGGAGUCGAUUCGCCAGGAUGCCGACGGCGUGAAGCAGGUUGCUUUCGUUGGAGUCGUCAGCCCCAUCAACCCCCGGAUCGAGACACCGGAAGAGAUUGCCCAUCAGCUGGUCGUGGCGUCGCAGUAUAUUCCCCUUGACCAGUUGGGUGCCACGGAUGACUGCGGCUUCUCGCCCUUCUCCAUCGACAGCAAGCCGAAGCAUGGGAGCCCAGACUUGGCCAGAGACAUUGCCUUCCAGAAGAUAGCCAACAGAGUAGCCGGUGCUAGGAUGGCCAGCGAAAGGCUGGGUAUUUAG